UCUGUAUGGUGGAGAGGAAAAAGACCCUACCGAAUUAUCGUCAUCAGUUUGGUAAACUUGGUAAACCAAGACCCUAUAGCUUCUAGCGUAGCGUGGCUUCUAGAUUUUUCACUUUCACGGCUGCUUUCGGCGCAAGACUGAGUCACCGAAAUGACGAACUCAAAAGGCUACCGUAGAGGAACGCGAGAUUUAUUUUCGCGGAAAUUCCGCAAACAUGGAACGAUUCCGCUUUCAACUUAUAUGAAAGUUUACAAAGUGGGGGAUAUCGUUGAUAUCAAGGGCAACGGAGCGGUUCAAAAGGGUAUGCCAUAUAAAGUAUACCAUGGUAAAACUGGACGAGUUUUCAAUGUAACACCUCAUGCUCUUGGUGUUAUUGUAAACAAAAGAGUCCGAGGGAGAGUCAUUGCCAAACGAAUAAACAUUCGUAUUGAACAUUUGACUCAUUCCAAAUGCCGAGAGGAUUUUAUCAAGCGAGUAAAGGAGAAUGAACGAUUGCGGAAAGAAGCUAAGGAAAAAAAUGUGCAAGUUCAGUUGAAAAGGCAUCCGGCUCAACCAAGCGAGGCACAUAUCGUCUCGGGACGUGAAGCCCCUACGCUUCUUGCCCCCAUCCCCUAUGAAUUUAUCGCUUAGAUGAAGUCAAUAAACACCACAUUCUAUAA